AUGCGUUCGAUUUCUGCAGGCCUCAACGCGCGCCAGGCCAACGCGUACCCUCCUAAUACCAUUGAUCAGCCGAUAGACCAUUUCCCCAGUGAUCCACGGUAUGCUCCACACACAAACGCCACCUACAAGCAGCAUUACUAUUUCGAUGCGAGCUACUACAAGCCCGGUGGCCCGGUGUAUUUAUAUAUCGGUGGAGAGACUGAUGCAAGGAGCCGCCUUUCAAACCUCAAGACAGGGAUUAUCCAGAUCCUGAUGAAUGCCACGGGCGGACUGGGCGUGAUCAUAGAAAAUCGCUACUACGGACAGAGCGUUCCCUUCGAGAACCUCACCACAGACAACCUAGCGUACCUGACCAACGAGCAGACGAUCGCGGACUUUGCGUACUUCGCACAACACGCCACAUUCCCCGGGGUGAAUGUCUCCCUGACAGCGCCAGCUACUCCCUGGAUCAUGUACGGAGGGAGUCUGGCCGGUGCCCAGACGUCUUUCACCGUCAAGACAUACCCGGAUAUCAUAUAUGGCGGCAUCGCGGCCAGCGGUGUUAUUCGGGCUGCUGUGGAAUAUCCGGAGUGGUAUGACCCGAUCCAAAAGUUCGGCCCAAGUGACUGUGUCCAGAGCAUCAAUGACAUCGUGGACAAGUUUGAUGCCCUGGUCGAGGCCGGGAACACCGAAGCUAUCCAGGAAUUCAAAUCAAUCUUCGGCCUGGAGUCAUUGACAGACAACCGGGACUUCGCAAAGACCAUUGCAUACCCUGUUGGGUCGCCGUUUGACUACCCUACCCAAACGUGGCAGGAGUUAUCCUGGAUCAAUCAGAAGACGCAGUUCUGGUCAUUCUGUGGGAAUGUCACCAAUCUUGAUGCACCGGAGGAGGUGACAGCCGUGGACGAGCAGCUGGCGAAGUACACCGACGGCGAGCCGUGGGAGAACCUGGGAAAUUACGCCAAAUACGUAAAGGAUGUAAUCUUGCCAACUUGCCCAGGCGGAGACUAUGCCAGUGGGGACUGCUUUGGGCAGGGGAAUGCAACCUUCUGGACAGAGCAAGUCGACGACUCUACGCGCGCCUACCUUUACACGACCUGCAUAGAAGGAGGUCUGUACCAAACUGCCCGAAAGGAAGGCAAGUCCCUCCUCUCCAGGGUGAUGGACGCCAACUACACCCAAGAGCAGUGCACGCUGGCUUUCCCACCCGGACAAUACAACACCAUACCGGACUCUCCGGACAUCGACAGGUGGAACGCGUACGGCGCGCUGGACUUCCAGGCAGACAGGCUAGCAUUUAUCGACGGGAACCAUGACCCGUGGCUGGACGGGUGCUACCAUUCCAACCUGGGCCCGCAGAGGUACAGCUCCGACCUCCACCCCGCGUACCUGAUCGUGGACGGCGGGCACCACUGGGACAGCAACGGGAUAUUGGAUGUUGAGAGUGAGCCGCAGUUCAUCCGCGAGGCUCAUAAGUGGCAGAUCCGCACUGUGAGGAAGUGGCUCAGGAAGUUUUCUGACUGGAACCCGGCAUCCAAUGGUACAAGCCGUGUUUAA